GUAAUCAGACGGCUGCACCCCUUGCUCUCCUCCUUCAGUGUUUCCUGCUUCCUUCUCUCUUACCAUUUUAACACACUCUCCCUCACACACACACCUUUUCAGAAGCACUUUCCACCAUGGGGAACUUUGCUGCCAAUGAGGGACUCUCCGUCUUUGUUAUUCUGGUAUGGUUGGGGAUCAAUGCCUUCCUGUUUGUUCAAUUCUACAUGGCCUUCCUGGUGGAGAGGUGGUUUUACACCAGGGUCCUGCUUGGGCAAGCUCUGUCCUGGGCCAGAGCUCCUGCUGCCUGCCUCAACUUCAACUGCAUGCUCAUUCUGUUGCCAGUUUGUCGAAACCUCCUCACCCUCCUUCGUGGCUCCAUCCAGUGCUGCAGCCGCACAGCAGCUCGUCAACUAGAUCGAAACCUUACCUUUCACAAACUGGUGGCUUACAUGAUCGCCUUCCAUACAGCCGUGCACAUCGUUGCACACUUGUUUAACUUCGAGUAUUUCAUGGAUGCCCAGCUAAAUCGCAACAGUAGCCUUCUGCCCUUCAUCCUGUCUGAAAUUGGCACUGGGGACAAUGCGUCCUUCCUGAACCCCAUUAGGUCUAACGAGACGAACCCUACCAUCGUCAUGUUCACCACCAUUGCCGGUCUGACAGGCGUGGCCAUCACGCUAGCCCUCAUCCUCAUCAUCACUUCCUCCAUGGAGGUCAUCCGCAGGUCCUACUUCGAGGUGUUCUGGUACACGCACCAUCUCUUUGUCAUCUUCUUCAUUGGACUGGUAUUCCACGGCUUUGGGAGGAUUGUGCGAGGACAGACGGCCGCUAGCCUGAAGACAAACAUCCCCGAUGUUUGUGCCGACCAGUUUGAAGACUGGGGAACAAAUGGGUCCAACUGUGCUGUACCUGAGUUUGCUGGAAACCCACCAAUGACAUGGAAGUGGGUUGUGGGCCCCAUGAUCCUCUAUGUGUGUGAGAGGCUCGUCCGCAUCUAUCGAUCCCACCAGAAAGUGGUCAUCACCAAGGUGGUGAUGCACCCCUCCAAGACUCUGGAGCUACAGAUGAAGAGGAAAGGUUUCCACAUGGAGGUGGGUCAGUAUGUCUUCAUCCAGUGUCCGUCCGUUUCCAGGCUGGAGUGGCACCCCUUUACUCUGACCUCGGCCCCCGAGGAGGACUACUUCAGCGCCCACAUCCGUAUCGUGGGAGACUGGACUCAGGCACUGUAUGAGGCCUGUGUAGGAGACAAAACCGAACCUCAGGAGGCCUGGAAACUGCCUAGGCUGGCCAUAGACGGUCCGUUUGGUACAGCCAGUGAAGACGUGUUUCGUUACGAGGUUGUGAUGCUGGUGGGCGCGGGAAUCGGUGUGACUCCUUUCGCCUCCAUCCUUAAGUCUGUGUGGUACAAACGCAUCCAGAACAACCAGGAUGUCUUCACCAAGAAGAUCUACUUCUACUGGCUUUGCCCGGAGACGGAGGCGUUUGAGUGGUUUGCGGACCUGCUGCAGUCUCUGGAGGGUCAGAUGACGGAGAAGGGCAUGACCGACUUCCUCAGCUACAACAUCUACCUCACCCGCUGGAAGGAGACCGAGGCGGCUCACUUCCGUGUUCACCACGAGGCGGAGAACGACCCAAUCACUGGACUCAAACAGAAGACUCUUUAUGGGAAACCUAACUGGGACAAUGAGUUCACCAAUAUUGAGUCAAAGCACCCAGGAACUAAAGCGGGAGUCUUCCUGUGCGGUCCACCAGCGCUGGGGAAAUCUCUGGAGAAACAGUGUCUGUCCCACUCAGAGGCCGACGUCAAGUUCAUCUUCAACAAAGAGAACUUCUAAAAACCACCGCGAAACAAUAACGACAACCACAAAACCCCUGAGAGAGGAAGCAUCCCAAGUAGUGGUGGGGGCGAGAAGUUGGUUUACUGAGGCCGGCAGUUCCGUAUUAAUGCAUCAAAUAGUUUACACACAAACGUGAUCUUUUGAAUCUACCUAAAUAUAUACCACAGUUCUCACACAUCCUGGAAAACCUGACUAGUUUUCCAGUCAUGGAAACACCUGGAAAUGUUUUAUUGUGUUUUAGCCCCUCACUCAGAUCAGGUGUGUGUUUAGUUUGUAACUCGACUGCAGCGACCUUUUUGGUGUCAAAAGUCUUUUUUCCUGAAGCUGCGAGAGAAAUUCUCGAAGAAGCCCAGUUUAAACGUUUGAACUCAACUACAUAUAGAUAUGAGGAAAUGUUACAGAUUAUAGCUUUAGUGUUACUGUUAAAGGAAAACUGAAGUAUAUGAGUCAAUUUGAGAGAAAUAAAACAGGGGUGAAGUGUAUACUCGGCUUACUGGUAAAUUAUAUGUAUAUAUAUAUCUAUAAAUUAUAGUUGGGGGCCUUUAUCGUCAAGACAAGUCCUGGAAAACGUCCUGGAAACUAGAUGAUUAAAAAGAGCGGGAACCCUGAUUGAACUGACCUUCUUCUCUUCACUUUUCACCGCAUGAGUUUUGCAAAGAUGCCGUUGUUGCUCAAAAAGAAGUGGAAAUAACCCCACUGUAUUUUCCACAUCACCCUGUUCUGCUUUUCUGUUACAUCAGUGAGUGAAAUUGGUUUCCAAACUUUUCUUCCUGUUUUUGUUUUUCUGUUUCAUUUAGUUUUCUAUUUGCCGGGCACAAUUUCUGAAAAGCAGUUUUGAUACUAGAUGCAUCAGCAAACUCUGCUUCCUGCUCCAGGUGUAUUUAUACAUCCUCUUUUAUUCAUUGAACUUUAGUGUAAGGCCAUCAUUUUACUGAGACUUUAUUAUAAGUGGUUUGUUUUUUGUGGUUCAGUCGGAACAAUUAUGCACCCACUCUUCAUGAAUCCUUACUGAGGCUUUUAUAUAUAAUGAGAGAAUUUAUUCUCCUUUCCAUUUUUUGUUCAGCUUUGUUGUUCUUCUAUUCCUGUGAGCAAUAAAACCAGAAAAAUGA